AUGUGCUUUUUCUCUGGAGUUACCUCUGAAGAAGCAGGGGCUGCAGUAGCUGCUGAAUCUUCUAUUGGUACAUGGACAACUGUAUGGAAUAACGGGCUUACUGGUCUUGAUCACUACAAAGGUAAUGUAUUUGAGUUCAAGGCCCUGUGUGCUCUACGUCUGGAAGAUUUGCGAAUCCCUCCUGAACUUUCCAAGGACCACUUGCUAUUCUUCCUUGACUAUUAG